AUGUCGAAGCCGCCUUCCAAGUCCGUGUUCGUUGGAAAUAUUCCUUAUGGCCUCACAGAAGAGCAGAUCAUACGGAUAUUCAGCAGUGCAGGAAAGGUCUUGAACUUCCGACUGGUAUAUGAUCGAGAGACAGGUCGGCCAAAGGGCUUCGGAUUCGUGGAAUUUCCAGAUUCAGAUUCUGCUUCCUCUGCAGUACGGAAUCUCAACGACUAUGAAAUCAUGAACCGCAAGCUACGCGUUGACUUCUCGAAUGAUGGAGGCGAGGAUGAUACCGUCGCUUCAACAGGAUAUCAACCGCCUCCAAUACCUUCCAACGGCGUCCCCGUCCCACCUCCUAUGAACUCCAACUCUUCGAUCCCUCCUCUUCCCCUCGGUGUCGACCUACCACCCGGUUUGACCUGCCCCGAUGCAAUCUCCCGAACCCUCAACACUCUCCCACCCGCACAACUCCUCGACGUCCUCUCCCAAAUGAAAACCCUCGCCACAACCGACGCUGCCAAAGCCACCGAACUCCUACACCAAGCUCCCCAGCUCUCCUAUGCAAUCUUCCAAGCUCUCCUCCUCAUGGGUCUCGUCUCAACCGAAGCCCUUGGUUCUGUCGUCGAAGCAGCCUCCCAACCUCCACCAAUUCAGACCCCACAGCAGCAGCAGCAGCAGCAAUACCAAGCUCCAGUACCUGGUAGCUACCCGCCUGGAUUCCCGCCUCCACCUCAGCAUAUGAGUGGUCAGUUGGGUAUGCCGAUGGGAACCCCGCCGCAGAGUCAAGGCUUAUAUCCUCCACCUCCACCGCAACAGAGAGCUCCUCCCCCACAGCAACAGCAGCAGCAACAACAGGCUUUGCCGGAUGCGGAUGCGUUGAUGCAGCAGGUAAUGGCCAUGCCACAAGAAGUUAUUGAUCAGUUGCCUCCCGGAGAUAGGGCACAGAUUAUGGCUCUGAGGGCAAGUUAUGGAAGGUAA